AAAUAUUGAUAAAUUUAAAGUUUCAUUGAGUCGCAUCAAAUAGCGAUGACAACGCCAUCUGUUGUUCAACCUCCAGCACUGUUCGACAGUCAUUGUUUUUGUCAUUCGCAAAUGUCAUAAUGAUAAUACCUAAUUGAAUACAAAAAUAAUCCGAGUAAAAUAUAAAAAAAAACAACAACACUAGAGUGAAAUCAUAAUAAAUUUUUACGUAUUUAAAUAAAAUUGUUUUUUGUAAUACUAAUCGGCGGCUGUAGUGGCAAGUGUACUCGAUUUAGCAUGAGUGCGGAAGAAAUAAAUUGGCGUGCAUUAAUUGUGAAAAAUUUGAUCGACCGAAAUCGACGGGAGUCAAAUUCUUUCAACGAAAUUAUAACACAAAAUAACCGGUUGCUCGACACGACCUACGAAUUAAAGUCGAUAAACUUGAAAUUGUCCGUAGAAAAUGAGCAAUUGCGAACGGGUAGUGUAGCUGCAUCAAAUGGCACAAGUGCAGCCGCUACUGCGAAAAUAUCGCAACUCGAAAGUAAAUUGUUGACACAACAAGAACAGCUCACCGACUUACACAGGCGAAAGGGUGAAAAUGCACAAAUGAUUAUCGAUCUAAAUUUAAAAUUAGAAAAACAAAAUAAAUUAUUAGGCGAACGAGAAUCGAGCAUUGCCGAUCAUAUAGCGGUGAAUACAAGUUUACGCGCUGAAGUUCUUAUGUUAACGACAUCGCUUCAGGAAUUGAAAUCGUUAAAUUCAUGCCUGAGAGAUGAACACUGUGCACUGCAACUGGCAUUUGCAUCGCUCGAAGAAAAACUACGCAAAGUUCAGGAUGAAAAUCGCCAACUUGUGGAGCGUUUAAUCAAAUACAAGGCCAAGGAUGCGGAAAAAUUGAAUGAAGAGAACGAGAGCUUCUUAAAAAUUGGUAAAUCAUUGUUUAGGAAGCGAUCGGAUAAGAUGCGUAAGGAGUUGGAAGAUGCAGCUCGUGAAGGUGCCAGUAGACGAUCAAAUAGUCCAGUGCCAGCAUUCCCGCCCGAAUUGGAACGUACGGGCAGCCUUAGUGAUCUGACCGGCAACGCCAAAGCAGCAGGUUUCUUCAGCGAUGGCAUACCGAAACGUAUUCAUCUGAAAUUCGAUGCCCAUGAUGGAGAAGUGAAUGCAGUUCGAUGGAGUCCAGUAGAGCCUUUGGUCGCAACUGGAGGAGCGGAUCGAAAAGUCAAUCUAUGGGAUGUUGGCAAAGCUAAAAUGGAGCCACGAGGAAUCCUGAUCGGAAGCAAUGCGGCUGUAAAUUCGGUGGAGUUCGAUUCAACUGGUACUAUGGUCUUGGCCACAUCAAACGAUUACGCUAGCAGAGUGUGGACAGUGUCCGAUCAACGGCUUAGGCAUACGUUGACUGGGCACAGUGGGAAAGUGAUGGCAGCUAAGUUCUUGGGCGAACCAUCGAAAGUCGUAACUGGAAGUCACGAUCGUACAUUGAAAAUAUGGGACUUACGGAGUAGAGCAUGUGUUGAAACGAAAUUCGCUGGUUCUAGUUGCAACGAUUUAGUCACAACGGGCACCGAUGUAUCCGGUACCACCAUCAUCAGUGGACAUUACGACAAAAAAAUCCGAUUCUGGGAUACACGAACCGAUUGUUCGGCCAACGAAAUUGUGCUACAAGGUAAAAUUACAUCGUUGGAUCUAUCGAAAGAUUGUCAAUAUUUACUGAGCUGUGUUCGUGACGAUACAAUUAAGUUAUUGGAUUUACGCAUGAACCAGAUAAUCAGAUCGUUUAGCAAUGACAAUUUUAAAGUUAGCUGUGACUGGUCCCGUGUUUCGUUUAGCCGUGAUACGAGUCGCAUUGCGGCUGGCUCAAAUGACGGUGCAAUAUUCGUCUGGAAUAUCAAUGGGCAGUUGGAAGGCACGCUUAAGGAAAAUUCACCGGGUGGUUUGUUUAUUCGCAGUGCUGCUGCUGUGACGGCCGUCUCAUGGAAUCCAUUCAGCUCAGUAUUGGCAACGGUGGAUCGAGCCAAAUCGUGUAUCAUUUGGACAUCAGCUUAAAUCAACAGCCCCUCCCCUCUCUCCCAUGCAAACACCAACACAACAACGCAACUCAACAUACUAAGCCGAAGAUCAUCGAUCACGGAUCAAAUCGAGGUGAUGUCCAAACUUUUACUGGCCAUCACGAUAAACAAUUUUUUUUUUAAUUCCAAAAGACAUUUCAAAAUCUCCAGUUUUAUUAAGUAUCUUUGUGUAUCAAUUUGCGUUUUCCAGUUUUCUAAUAUGUUUUCCAUUGAAAAAGAAAAGUAAAAAAGCUAUAUUUUCACGCUCAUUCGAUAGAAAAUUGAACUCUAUGUAUUUUCUGUAUGAUAAUCGUAAUAAUUUUUUUUCUAUAUUUUUUUUAAACAUUUUACGUUGUUUUGAAUCAUAAUUCCAAUGUUUCGAACACAUAUUGAUUAUUAUUGUAAAUGUACGUAUUAAUUAAAUAAAUCUGCUACAAAUCAACACAUAAUUUGAAAGAAAGCCGGCCAUUUGAUCCCAUUGACGUCACGGGGACGAGCAUAAACAAAGUGUCAUGUGUUCGCAAUGCGUUUGCGGUGUAUGAAUCUCGUUUUAUGUGGCGUUCAAUGUGCAUAUAAUCGAUAAUAUAUAUUAUAUGUGUAUAGUUUCAUGAGAAGAUAUUAAAAUACUAUAUAAGGAAAUGUAACUUUAUUCUUUUACGGCGGUCAACACGACUAAUAAGACUUCAAUUAGACAUUUAUGAUCAAAAUUAUGAAUCCCAGCAAUCCGACAGGCCACAUUUAUGUCGUCACAAACAAAAUCGAAUGAGGAAAACGUAAAUGUUCUGGAUAAGUGUGUGUUUUUCGAAGAAGAAAAAAUUCAAUGUACUAUGGAUCUGUGAUCGAAUUAUAGUUGUAUACAUUCAAUUUGAAUGAAUCUGUUUCGCUAAUUCCAAUCGAUAAUAAUGAUGAAUGAAAUAUAAAAUGCUUUUUGUGUCUAGUUAUUUGUAUGCAUCAAAUGGUCCACUGAACGAGAGCCAAUAAUUCAGUGAGUUUAGCUAAGAACAAGACGUAUGAAAAUAGUUGAGCAAUAGAUGAAACAUUUGUUUAAAUUUCGUUUUGUUUUUAAUGUGAUACAAAUUUUCCUUUGAAAAUGUUAAUUUGCAAGUGGUUUCUUUUCGAGCCUCUUGUCAACUUGGCCGCUAAUUUCUUGUUCAGUUUAAUACUUUAAUAGAUUGUCAUUUUUUUGUUGUCAAAUUCCAUUGAUCCAGCUAAUUUUGCACACCAACAGAAAGAAAAACGAGAAAACAUUGAAAUGAGAAGAUUCCUAAGCACUUUUACUCAUAGUUGAUACGCAUAAAGAUAGUUCAAUAAGACAUAAUUUUGCAAUAAUAAAUGAAAACCAUUUAAUAUUUUUCAAAAA